AUGAACGAAGUCGGGCUGGGUGUUUCCGUCAAUAGCGCUGGAGCUACGACUAGUGACGUUUCCACCAACAGUUAUGGGCAAGGGAAUUUUGGGUCAGGAAUGAGAAGUGGUAGCGGUAAUCCAGUAAUGGGAACUCACGGAGGGAUGGCCAGUCAACAGCAGAUGUUACAAUUCCAGCAGCAACAACAACAACAACAGCAGCAGCAACAACAACAACAGCAGCAACAACAGCGUCUAUUAAUGCAGCAAAAACUGCGACAGCAACAGCAACAGCAAGCACAGCAAAACUACGAGAACCAGUUUUAUCAGUUUCUCAUGACUGUCAACAAGAAGCCCAAACGGCUGUACAAUUUUGCCGAAGACACAGAUGCCAUUCUGAAAAAAUACGAACAGUUUCGUCCCAGCUUUGAGUUCCACAUUUACGAAAACAAUUACAAAAUCUGCGCACCCGCUAAUACCCGGCUCCAGCAGCAGCAGAGAAUGCCUCAGGCGACCAGCGAUGGUCUCAUUUUGAACAAGAACAACGAAACUUUGAAAGAAUUCCUCGAAUAUGUGGCUCGUGGCAGUAUUCCAGAAGCGAUAAUGGAGGUUUUGAAAGACUGUAACAUUCAGUUCUACGAAGGAAAUCUAAUUUUACAGGUUUACGACCAUACCAACACAGUAGACGUCAAACAAACGCAGAAAACGGUAUCUAAUCAAUCUCAAGCGAACAGCACUGCCAAUUCGGACCAAGCAGAAACCUCAGAUGCCAAAGAACCUGCAAAAGGUGCGUCAGCUCAAACGCCUGGACAAGAGUCGCAGGGAGGGCCACCUAGUCAACAUAGUUUGAAUUCUGACUCUCCUGCUACGCCUGGUCUGCUAAAUACCAGACCUAACAACGGACAGGGGGCCAAAGACGGUUCUGAAGACAAGACCAACAAGGAUGUUGUUGCCACUUUCAAGCGACCAAGAGUGUAUCGUACUUUGCUGCGACCCAGUAGUUUGACCCACUAUUACGACAUGAUGUCCUAUGCCGAUCACACGCGAUUUUCCGACAACAUAUAUCAGCAACUUGAGUCCGAGAUUCUAACCUUGACGAAGCGUAAUCUUAAGCUCGAUGUCCCGCUGAACCCUUUCGACCACAGAGAUAGAUUGGACGAUGCCGAGUUCUUGCCAAGCGAAGUGCACACGCACCGUGAAAUGACCACGAGAAAAGGAACGAAAGGCCAGGUUGGACGCGUUGAACUUCACGAGGAGUCACCUCAGCACAGUUCCAGUUAUGAGCAAAUGAUGUUAAUAAUGAGCGAAAGAACGAGCACGACAACAAUGUCCACAAUUGCCGCAUCUUUGGCAAAGAAUGCUGCUGAUCUAACGAGCACAUCGCUCAAGAGCGGCGGAGGGAAAGGUACCUCCGCCGUAUCGAGUACACCGGGGAGAGGAAGCGGAAGCAAUUCGGUGGCUGCAGCGGCUGUUGCAGCAGCAGCAGCUGUGGGAUCCAGUAGUAAUGACAACAACCAAUUCGGUAGAUUGAAGUUUGUUGAGCAGUGGCGAGCCAACAAGGAAAAGAGAAAGCAGCAAGCGAUGAACGCUAAUAUCGCACCGACCACCUACAACCAAAGGAUAUCCAUGUCUGCGCCUUUAACCGCGCAACAAAUCAAACAGCAGCAACAACAGCAACAACAAAAACAAACAGUGGAGCAAAAGGCCAAUAAUAAAAGGGUGGGUGAUGAUGACAAGAACAAACCCAAGAAACAGCGGAAGACAACUAAAAAGUCCACGCCGGCGGCCAGUGCCGACACAUCCAAAAAGAAGAAGACAACAAAGGCCAAAAGGUAA